CUUCUUCCUCGCGCGGGGGCGAGAGAGUUGGAGAGAUCGGCGACUUCUCUGCUUCUUUUCUAGGGUUUGCUAGUAGCGAGCGGCCCCUCGAGGAGUGGGAGAGAUGGACGGGAACAUCAGCUUGGAGGCGAUCAAGAACGAGACGGUUGAUCUGGAGCGCGUGCCGAUCGAGGAGGUGUUCGAGCAGCUGAAAUGUACCAAAGAUGGGCUGACCACGGGGGAAGGAGACAAGCGGCUCCAGAUCUUUGGCCCCAACAAGCUCGAGGAGAAAAAGGAGAGCAAAGUCCUCAAAUUUCUGGGCUUCAUGUGGAACCCCCUUUCGUGGGUUAUGGAAAUGGCCGCGAUCAUGGCCAUCGCCCUCGCCAACGGUGGGGGGCAGCCACCGGACUGGCAGGACUUCGUCGGCAUCAUCGUGCUUCUCUUGAUCAACUCCACCAUCAGCUUCAUCGAAGAGAACAAUGCUGGGAACGCCGCCGCUGCCCUCAUGGCUGGUCUUGCUCCGAAAACGAAGGUGCUCAGAGAUGGCCACUGGAGCGAGCAGGACGCGGCGAUUCUUGUGCCCGGCGACAUCAUAAGCAUCAAGCUGGGAGACAUAGUCCCUGCCGACGCGCGGCUUCUUGAGGGCGACCCGCUGAAGAUUGACCAGUCGUCACUUACCGGAGAAUCCAUCCCCGUCACAAAGUUCCCCGGUGAGGAAGUGUUCUCAGGCUCCACCUGCAAGCAGGGUGAGAUCGAGGCGGUCGUCAUCGCCACCGGCGUCCACACCUUCUUGGGGAAGGCCGCCCACCUCGUGGAGAGCACCAACGAGGUGGGACACUUCCAGAAAGUCCUCACCGCCAUCGGCAACUUCUGCAUCUGCUCCAUCGCCGUCGGCAUUGUCAUCGAGGUCGUCGUCAUGUACCCGAUCCAGCACCGGAAGUACAGGGACGGCAUCGACAACCUGCUGGUCCUCCUGAUAGGAGGGAUCCCCAUCGCCAUGCCCACCGUCCUGUCGGUGACCAUGGCGAUUGGCUCACACCGGCUCUCUCAGCAGGGCGCGAUCACGAAGCGGAUGACAGCCAUCGAGGAGAUGGCCGGCAUGGACGUCCUGUGCAGCGACAAAACUGGGACGCUGACUCUGAACAAGUUAAGCGUCGACAAGAACCUGAUCGAGGUUUUCGUGAGGGACGUGGAUAAGGAGCAUGUGGUACUACUGGCCGCAAGAGCAUCGCGGAUCGAGAACCAAGACGCCAUCGACGCUGCUAUGAUCAGAACGCUUGGCGACCCAAAGGAGGCGAGAGCUGGGAUAACAGAGGUACAUUUUCUCCCAUUCAACCCUGUCGACAAGAGAACUGCUCUUACCUACAUUGACCUUGAUGGAAACUGGCAUCGUGUAAGUAAAGGUGCUCCUGAGCAGAUUUUGAACCUCUGCAAUUGCAACGAAGAUAUCCGCAACAAGGUCCACUAUGUCAUCGACAAGUUUGCUGAACGCGGGCUUCGCUCACUAGCUGUUGCAAGACAGGAAGUCCCGGAGAAGUCCAAGGAUCGUGCUGGAGGGCCAUGGCAAUUUGUCGGCUUGUUGCCUCUGUUUGAUCCUCCAAGGCAUGACAGUGCUGAAACUAUUCGCAGGGCACUCAAUCUUGGUGUCAACGUGAAGAUGAUCACUGGUGACCAGCUUGCAAUCGCCAAGGAAACUGGCCGAAGACUUGGAAUGGGAACCAACAUGUAUCCUGCCUCUUACUUGCUUGGCCAAAAGAAGGAUGAAUCUAUUGCUGAACUUCCUGUAGAUGAACUAAUUGAGAAGGCUGAUGGAUUUGCCGGAGUUUUUCCAGAACACAAAUAUGAAAUUGUGAAGAAAUUGAAGGAGAGAAAGCACAUAUGUGGGAUGACUGGAGAUGGAGUUAAUGAUGCUCCUGCUUUAAAGAAGGCAGACAUAGGAAUUGCUGUUUCUGAUGCCACAGAUGCCGCUAGAAGUGCUUCUGACAUUGUCCUCACCCAGCCUGGGCUUAGUGUCAUCAUCAGUGCUGUUCUUACCAGCAGAGCUAUUUUCCAGAGGAUGAAAAACUACACGAUUUAUGCUGUCUCCAUCACUAUUCGGAUUGUUGUCGGUUUUAUGCUUAUUGCAUUGAUUUGGAAAUUCGAUUUCUCACCCUUCAUGGUUUUGAUCAUUGCUAUCCUUAAUGAUGGUACAAUUAUGACGAUCUCAAAGGACCGUGUGAAGCCAUCGCCAAUGCCUGAUAGUUGGAAGUUGAGAGAGAUAUUUGCUACCGGCAUUGUGUUUGGUGGUUAUUUGGCAUUGAUGACUGUUAUAUUCUUCUGGGCCAUGAGAGAGACAGACUUCUUCCCGGAUAAGUUCAAAGUUAGAUCAUUGAGGCAUAGCAAUGACAAGAUGAUGUCCGCUUUAUAUCUGCAAGUUAGUAUAAUCAGUCAGGCUCUUAUAUUUGUUACUCGAUCACGUAGUUGGUGUUUUGUUGAACGGCCCGGACUUCUCUUGGUCUUCGCAUUUGUUGGUGCUCAGCUGGUUGCAACCCUUAUAGCUGUUUAUCCCAAGUGGGGGUUUGCACGGAUAGAAGGAAUAGGCUGGGGAUGGGCCGGUGUCAUUUGGCUUUACAGUUUUGUGACAUUUGCCCCUCUUGACUUGUUCAAAUUCUGCAUCCGCUACAUUCUAAGUGGAAAGGCUUGGGAUAACCUCCUUGAGAAGAAGAUUGCCUUCACCACCAAGAAGGACUAUGGCAGGGAAGAAAGGGAAGCUCAAUGGGCUAUGGCACAGAGAACACUGCACGGUCUCCAAACUCCGGAAAAUGCUAACCUCUUCUCUGACAAAAGCAGUUACCGAGAACUUUCAGAGAUUGCCGAGCAAGCUAAAAGGCGAGCUGAAGUUGCAAGACUUCGUGAGGUGCACACUCUGAAGGGACACGUCGAGUCGGUGUUCAAGCUCAAAGGCAUCGAUGUCGACAAUAUCCAACAACACUACACGGUAUAAGAAACCCCGCAACCCAUAUGGUGUAAUUCCCCUUAAAUUCUUUCUUACAAGACGUAGAUGAUGUUUGAUGUUUGUGACUCUUGCUUUCCGUACUCUUUAAGAUAGAGAUGAAUUUGUUGGGUUAUGUUCAUGAUGCAAAUCUAUGUAUUGGGAUCUUUCGAAGUUUGAGGACAUGUUGUGGGAGACAUCUAAAA